GGCGGGGAGGCCGGGGCGAGGAGGAGGAGGGGAGGAGGAGAGGAAGGCGGGCGAGGUUUGCUUCUAGAAGGGGCGUGUGGCCGGAGAAGUCUGUGCCUUAGCAACUUGGGAGCGAGCGGCCGAGGCACAGAAGAGGAGGGCAGAAAGUUUGCUUCCCCCGACGUCAGCGCCGGGCGGGCCGCGGCGGCCAAGCCAGGAGGCGGCCGGGAGCGGGGCCGAGCGCGGGGCGGCCGGGGCGCGCCUGCUCCGACCCGCGCCUGCGACCCCGCCUCGGGCCCACGCCCGCGACCCCCGCCGGCGACCCGGGGCCGCUCGCGGGCAUGGACAGCGCGGCCGCCGCCGCCGCCUUCGUCCUGGACAAGCCGGCGCUGGGCCCCGGGCCGCCGCCGCCCGCCCUGGGGCCCGGCGACUGCGCCCAGGCGCGCAAGAACUUCACGGUGAGCCACCUCUUGGACCUGGAGGAGGUGGCGGCGGCCGGGCGGCUAGCGGCGCGCCCCGCAGCCAGGGCCGAGGCGCGGGAGGGCGCGGCGCGGGAGCCGUCCGGGGGCAGCAGCGGCAGCGAGGCGGCGCCGCAGGACGGUGAGUGUCCCAGCCCUGGGCGAGGCAGUGCAGCCAAGCGGAAGAAAAAGCAGCGGCGCAACCGCACCACAUUCAACAGCAGCCAACUGCAGGCGCUGGAGCGCGUGUUCGAGCGCACGCACUACCCCGACGCCUUUGUGCGGGAGGAGCUGGCCCGGCGCGUCAACCUCAGCGAGGCACGUGUGCAGGUGUGGUUCCAGAACCGCCGUGCCAAGUUCCGCCGGAAUGAGCGGGCCAUGCUGGCCAACCGCUCCGCCUCGCUGCUCAAGUCCUAUAGCCAGGAGGCCGCCAUCGAGCAGCCCGUGGCUCCCCGGCCCACUGCCCUGAGCCCAGAUUAUCUCUCCUGGACAGCCUCAUCCCCCUACAGCACGGUGCCGCCCUACAGCCCUGGGGGCUCAGGCCCAGCAACCCCCGGGGUCAACAUGGCCAACAGCAUCGCCAGCCUCCGUCUCAAGGCCAAGGAGUUCAGCCUGCACCACAGCCAGGUGCCCACCGUGAACUGAUUGAUGCCCAGCCCCCCACCCCGGCCCAGUUUCUGGUCUGACAUCAACAGAAAAGAGGGCUGACCCCCAGGAAGUAGCCUCCUGCUUGGGCUCUCCUGGCCCCCCUCUCUCCAGCAGGGACUCUCAAGCCUGAGGGGCUGCUGAGGCACCCCCAGCCCAGCACAGCCUCUCUGUCCACAGCCACCAGGGACUGCAGCCCAUGACCCUCUGAGGGGCAGGGCCGGACGGCAGAGCAUGCCCACCAAGGACCUCAUUUACUUCGUGUAUUAAAGCCAAAAAGCUUUUGUCUUUAAGAAAUAAAACCAUUUUUUAAGCCCCAAAA